CGCAGAGUCCACGUCUUUUUCCUCCGUGACCUCCUUCAGUUUGUGCAGCCUGUGGAGCGAAAUGGAGAAGGACAAUCUGUGCAUGGUGCUACACUCCAAAAGAAACUUCAGACUGGAAAAGCGUCCUGUGCAGGAACCAGGCCCUAACGAUGUUUUGCUGCAGAUGCACUCUGUUGGAAUCUGUGGAUCGGAUGUGCACUUUUGGCAUGAUGGCCGUAUUGGUGACUUUGUGGUUGCACAACCCUUGGUGUUGGGGCACGAGGCAUCUGGGCGAGUGGUGAAGGUUGGAUCAGCAGUCAAGCACCUCAAAGUAGGUGACAGAGUGGCUAUUGAGCCAGGCGUGCCCCUCGAAAUGGAUGAUUUUGUCAAACAGGGUCGCUACAACUUAACUCCUUCAAUAUACUUCUGUGCCACGCCUCCUGACGAUGGAACCCUGUGUCGAUAUUACACACACAAUGCCAACUUCUGUUACAAGUUACCUGAUAACCUGACGUUUGAGGAGGGCGCUCUGGCUGAACCGCUGUCUGUGGGGAUCCACACCUGUCGCAGAGCUGGAGUAUCCAUUAAUAGCACUGUGCUCAUCUGUGGUGCAGGACCUAUCGGUUUGAUAUGCAUGGCUGUGGCCAGAACAAUGGGGGCUUCAAGGACCAUCAUCCUUGAUGUGAACCCACAGCGCUUGAAACUGGCCAAGGAAAUGGGUGCUGACUUUACUCUGACAGUGGAGCAAGGGGAUGCACCAAAGCAGGUGGCCAAGAGUGUGCAAGACUUGCUGGGAGUUGAGCCCCACAUUGCGAUCGACUGUACUGGUGCCGAGUCCUGCAUCCAAACUGGAAUCUAUGCAACUCGUCCUGGAGGUGUGGUGGUGCUGGUGGGUGCUUGCUCAAGUAUGACCACGGUUCCUCUGAUUGAUGUCACUAUCAAAGAAUUGGACAUCAGAGGAAUAUUUCGCUACUGCAACACCUGGCCAACGGCUAUAGACAUGCUGGCGUCAAAGAAAGUAAACUUGAAGCCCCUGGUGACACACCGUUUUCCCCUGGAGCAGGCUCCUCGUGCCUUUGAGGUAGCGCAUCAAGGUCUGGGGGUAAAGAUCAUGCUAAAGUGUGACCAGAAUGACCAGAAUCCCUAAUAAACGUAGCUGCAGUUGUGCAAGCUUGACCAGUAGAAUUGACUCUGCAAGGCAGGCAGGCAUUCUCCAACAGGACAUUGACCUCAGGAAAGUGUCCCAGUUUAGAACAAACAGCAGUUCUUUGAAAAACAACCUGAGUGCUGUGUCGCUUACAGGGCCACUGCAUUGUACAGACAAAACACUAAUCAGUAUGCUUUGCACUGUAUUCUCCCAGUAAUUUUUAAUAUUAAUAUUCAACAAGAGCUUUACCCUCUAGUUAAUUUACUUAUAAUUUUAAACACUACAUUUAGAUUUUUUUUUAAAGGCUUUGAAUAAUAAAACCCAAACAGUCAUAGUUUUUUAAUUUAUUUCUGGGGAUUAGUGAGCCGUACCUUUGAUUCUCUGUAGUGUAGAGUGAAUGGUGCAGUUGGACUGGUGCACCAUGGCUCUAUGUUGCCCAAAGUGGCGAGUUAAUUUUCAGGCCCAUUUGUAAUGAAAUCUGGUCAAAAGCAACACAUUUCAUCGACUGCCCUGGGCUGCAGAAGCAGGAUUUUUUUUUUUCUUUGAUUUGUCUAUUUUGGAUAAAUGAUACCCACUUCUUUAAAUCCAUGAUUAUUUCAUUUCCUCUCAUAUGGGUAGCGUGAUUGUAAUGGGCAGACACACAGAUCACCAAAGAGUACAUUGUAUGUUUUAAAAGUAAAUUUUAUUCAUACUAUUGCUGUUGUACACGCAAAACUUAUAAAAAUCAGCAGAUAUGAAAAUAGCCCACUUGCUCAAAUAAGGUAAUUAUUAAAGAGGUCAUAUUGUAUAAAACCAGUUUUGUCUACUUUUUAGUUUCAUGUUUGAGAAUUCAUGUUUUAGACAUCUCCAAAGUUCCACAAUUCCACUCAGUUACACUCAGAAAUUCUCCUGCUGUAUACGAGGUCUGUUAGAAAAGUAUUGGCCUUUUUAUUUUUUUCAAAAACCUGAUGGAUUUGAAUCUUGUGUGUUUGCAUGAGCAAACCUUGAACCUUCGUGCGCAUGUAUG